CGGAACAAGUGAAACAGUAGAAACAAGACAAACUUGUCAGGCUGAAUAACGACUGCGGGCAUAAAGAUCUUCUUUCAUUUCUGCUCACUGGUCUGCUGGUUUGCUAGGAAAUUAAACUGCAUUACCAUGGCAUCAGUUGUCUAUAAGUUCCUGGGUGACCUGCUUUCUUUUCAAAUGGCUGCUCUUCUAAUUGCCUCCACUCUUUUGCUUGUUUUGGGAUUGCAAAGAAAACAGAGAAUGUCCAUGCCAGGCCCAUGGGCACUGCCUGUAUUUGGAAACUUUUUUCAAAUUGGAGACCAAGUCCAUAUAUCCCUUACGGAAAUGAGGAAAACAUAUGGAGAUAUUUUCCUGAUAAAAUUAGGCUUGAUGCCAGUUGUGGUUGUCAGUGGUUUUGAGACAGUAAAAAAAGUUCUUGGUAAACAAGGAGAACAUUUUGCCAACAGACCCAACAUGUAUUCAUUUUCACUGCUGGCUGAUGGAAAAAGUAUGACAUUUUCAGAAAAGUAUGGUGAAACUUGGAAAAUUCAUAAGAAGGUUAUGAAGAACGCUUUGAGGACCCUGUCCAAGUCAGAAGUAAAUUCCCUGAACUGCUCCUGUCGCCUUGAAGAAUAUGUUUGUGCAGAAGCAUCAGAUUUAGUUAAUACAAUGCAACAACUGUCAAAAGAUCAUGGAGGCUUUAACCCAUCCCCUUUAAUAACUUUGACCGUUGCUAAUGUGGUAUGUGCCCUGUGCUUUGGUAAGAGGUAUAACCAUCAUGACAAAGAGUUUCUCCGCAUCAUUGAGAUUAAUAAUGAUGUCCAAAAAAUAUCAGGGGCAGGACUUCUGGCUGAUUUCAUUCCACUUUUCAAGUUUUUCCCAUCAUCAGGUUUAAAUGAGCUGAAAAAAUUUAUACGGGCUUUUAAUGAUUUUAUUGCUAAAUCUGUACAAGAGCAUUAUGGAUCUCAUGAUGAGAACAACAUCAGAGACAUAACAGAUGCCCUCAUAAAAUUGUGCAAUGACAGAAAUAAAUAUGAUAAAAAUUACAAAUUAAGCAAUGAACAGAUUAUAUCUACAGUGAAUGAUAUCUUUGGUGCAGGCUUUGACACCAUCUCCUCUGCAUUACUAUGGUGUAUGUUGUACUUGUUAAAGUAUCCAGAAAUGCAAGAGAAAGUCCAGAAGGAAAUUGAUGAGAUUAUUGGAACAAGCAGAUCGCCCAGGUUUGAUGAUAGAAAAGAUUUGCAUUACACCGAGGCGUUUAUCAAUGAAGUUCUAAGACAUUCAUCUUUUGUACCACUCACAAUUCCCCACUGUACUAUUACGGAUACCAAUCUGAAUGGAUACUUCAUACCAAAAGACACAUCUGUCUUUAUAAACAUGUACCAAGUAAAUCAUGACCAGACUGUGUGGAGAGAUGCCGACCUGUUCAUCCCAGAAAGGUUUCUUGAUGAAAGUGGACGUGUUGAUAAAAGUUUGAUUGAAAAGGUGUUCAUCUUUGGCAUGGGAGUUAGAAAAUGUUUAGGAGAAGACGUCGCUCGAAAUGAAAUGUUUAUUUUUCUCGCGUCCAUAUUGCAGCAUCUUACAUUAGUGAAGGAACCUGAACAUCAUGUGGAUCUGACUCCAGUUUUUGGGCUCACUAUGAAACCAAAACCUUAUACUCUCAGAACUGAAAACAGGCUAUAGUGGUUUAUCUAGGAAUCCCUGGUAUUCUUUCCCAGUCAGUAAAAUGGCUGCUGCUUUUCAGUGCAGAAAUGUAUUAUGGAAGGAAUGAGUAGUUGUUUCAAAGAAUGGGGUGCCCUUGAUUUAUUAAUGAAGUAUGUUGCGCUGUGAGUCUCCGUAUCUUCAUUGGCUUCCUCAAUUUUUUUCCGCCACACUUCAUAAACAUACUGAUAGGUUAAUUGAGUUUCUAUGAAAUUGACCCAAGUUUAUGUGAGAUGGUAAAAUGUAUAUUACAUGCUUAAUUUCUGAAAAGGUAUGAUACAACUGAUAAUCUUUGUACUGACCUUUAUACGCAAAGUAAAAAAAAAAUAGACAUCAGCCUGUCUUAUGUAUUAUCAUGCUGUCUUGCUUUACUAGCCUAAGGGAGUCUAUCACAAUUCUGGACUGUUAUCUGCAGUUAUACAUGAGCAGUAAUGUAGCAGCCAUUUUGUUUUUUCCUACUGCCUCCGGUUCCCUCACUGUCAGCACUCACACUGCCUGAAAUACACACUCAGGACUGCUGUGCUAACAAAAUGUACACAUACACCCCAGGCCAAACAAUGUAUAUUAGCGCAAUUUUAAACCCUUACAGCAGGAGAAAAAGGAGGCAGAAGGGAAAUAUAAAAUAGUAAUCUGGACUAUUCAUGUAUUACUGCAGAUAAUAGUCCAAGAUGUGGUGAUAGAUUCACUUUUAGAUGGACUAUCUGGAGACGAGAGAGAGCAGUCAGCUGAUUGCAUCUUCUGUCUCUGUUUAGUGAUCAGUGGGGGUCUCAUCACCCGGAUCUCAAAAAUCUAAACUUCUGACUAGGGAUUAGAGAAUCGACUUUGGAUGGAACAUCCAAAGUCGAUUCUCAUAAUACUUUGCUUGAAUACUGUACGGAGCGAGCGCUCUGUACAGUAUUACAAUGUAUUGGCUCCUAUGAGGCCAAGUUAUUAUUUCUCGAAGUCUCCCGAGACUUCGCAUAAAAAACUUCAUAAAUCAAUUUCUACUGUAAAAAAACAUUUCCCGAACUUGGGUUCAGUUCCAAGUGGAAAUUGAUUUAUGAAGUAAUAACGUCGUCUCAUAGGAGCCAAUACAUACUAAUACUGUACGCAAGUAUUCAAAUAAAGUUUUAUGCGAAUCGACUUUGGAUAUUUCAUCCAAAGUCAAUUUGCCUAUCCCUACUUCUGACAUGUCAAAGUUUUUAUUUAAUUUUAAUUUUUAUGACUUACACUUUAAAUGGAGAAGUGCUUGGAUUUUCUUCUACACAGAAUGCCAUUUUUGCCUACUUUUCUAUGUCCAUGAUUGUAAUUUUCUCCUUCUUUGUAAAAAAUUCUACAGGAAUUUCAAACAUUAAGGAGAACAGUUGUGUUAUCUAAAAGAUAAAAAUAAAUGACGUUGGAAGCUUCAUUUACUGAUAUAUAUAGUGUAUAAUUUCCAUUCAUAAUAGAAAAGCACAUUGAGGGCUUCAGAGUAAAUGACUCCAGAGGAAAUACCUAGGGCAUUUAGUACUCUUAAUGAUGUUAAUGUAUCCGCAUCAUCUUG